CCGCCGGCCGUUGCCAUGGAGACGCGGGGGGAGGACGGCGCGCGCCGAGGGACACAAAGCCCCGAGCGCAAAAGGCGAAGCCCAGUGCCGCGGGCGCCCGGCGCGAAGCUGAGGCCGGCGGCGGCCCAGGCCCAGGCCCAGGCCAUGGAUCCGGCUGCGGCGGCGGCGGCGGCGGCGCAGGCCCCGGCCCCGGCCCCGGGCGAGGCCUACCUGGCGCGGCGGCGGCGCGGGCCCGAGGACGCCCCCGGGGCCCCGUCGCCGCCGCGCUACAGCCUGCUGGCGGAGAUCGGCCGCGGCAGCUACGGCGUGGUGUACGAGGCGGUGGCCGGGCGCAGCGGGGCGCGGGUGGCCGUCAAGAAGAUCCGCUGCGACGCGCCCGAGAACGUGGAGCUGGCGCUGGCCGAGUUCUGGGCGCUCACCAGCCUCAAGCGGCGCCACCAGAACGUCGUGCAGUUCGAGGAGUGCGUCCUGCAGCGCAACGGGCUGGCCCAGCGCAUGAGCCACGGCAACAAGCGCUCGCAGCUCUACCUGCGCCUGGUGGAGACCUCGCUCAAAGGAGAAAGGAUCCUGGGUUAUGCUGAGGAGCCCUGCUAUCUCUGGUUUGUCAUGGAGUUCUGUGAAGGUGGAGACCUGAAUCAGUACGUCCUGUCCCGGAGGCCGGACCCAGCCACUAACAAAAGCUUCAUGCUACAACUCACAAGCGCCAUUGCCUUCCUACACAAAAACCACAUCGUGCACAGGGACCUAAAGCCAGACAACAUCCUCAUCACAGAGCGGUCUGGCAACCCCAUCCUCAAGGUGGCAGACUUUGGCCUAAGCAAGGUGUGUGCUGGCUUGGCCCCCCGAGGCAAGGAGGGCAAUCAAGACAACAAAAAUGUGAAUGUGAAUAAAUACUGGCUGUCCUCAGCCUGCGGCUCAGACUUCUACAUGGCCCCGGAAGUCUGGGAGGGACACUACACAGCCAAGGCUGACAUCUUUGCCCUGGGCAUUAUCAUCUGGGCAAUGAUAGAAAGAAUCACUUUCAUUGACUCUGAGACCAAGAAGGAGCUCCUGGGGACCUAUAUUAAACAGGGGACUGAGAUCGUCCCUGUUGGUGAGGCGCUGCUAGAAAACCCAAAGAUGGAGUUGCACAUCCCCCAGAAACGCAGGACUUCCAUGUCUGAGGGGAUCAAGCAGCUCUUGAAAGAUAUGUUAGCUGCUAACCCACAGGACCGGCCUGAUGCCUUUGAACUUGAAACCAGAAUGGACCAGGUCACAUGUGCUGCUUAAUAUUCAGGGCAAAGCAUCUUGGGUGUUUUUUAAACUAGGCUGAUCCUCUGGACCCACAAUCUCAAGUCUGCACAGAAGAUGGCAAAGGGUACAGGUGGUGGUGUGGCUGUUGGCGAUUUCCCGACCCCUGGGUCUCCAGCACUGUGAAGCUUUUCUUUGGCUUCUCCUCUAUUCCUUUCAUUUUGCUAAAUUCUAAAUACGUUACUGUCUCUUCUUUCCCCUCCACUGCCACCCCCACACCCCAGUGUACAUGACUAAGAUGUAGAAGAGCAAGAAGCCGUGCUGUGGACAGGCACCAGUUUCUCUGAAGAAACACUAAGGACAGAGCCUGUGUAUAAAUUUCACUUUGCAUUUUUCUGAGCGGUUGGGGGCUGAUUCGUUCUUGUCCUUUCAUGUUCUCAUCUGUCUGUACAUGUCUCUCAGUUCACUUACCCAGAGAGGGCCUGCCCCUCCUUGGACCACCUGGGGUUUCUCUUGGACUGUGAAUUGGGGAGGUGGGUCACUGAGACCUGCAGAGACCUUUGAGCCAUCUCCCACCAGAUGGAGGUGCCGUUGGACUCUCAACUGCUUCCAGCCAGCCCUUGGGCCUCAGGACCGAUCAGAGACGAAGAAGCACCUUGAAGAGGAGGGGCACAGCCUGAGAACUUCAGAAAGGAGACCACACGCAUCCAUGGUCUUGUUCUUCCUCCAUGGAGGGAGGCGCUGGGACUCCCAAGAAGAAUUAAUCCCUCUUCUACCAACCCCUUCCCCUCAUCCCUUGUGCCACCCAGAUCUAAGGAUGGUGGCAGGUAGAGGUGACCAUCUUACACUGCCCUUUUUGUUUGUGGCCUUCCCCCAAAGGCGGUAACCCCAGGAAAACCUUCGUGCCAAACCUCUGCCCAGAGUGCAGCUGGCUCUUCGGUGGAUCCCUGUCACCAUGUGAAAGCCACGCUGUCCCCAUCUCCAGUCUCUGCCUCCGCUUCCCGGAUGUGCCUGUCAAGUUGUCAGGGUCAUGGAGACUGCCCAGGUUCUUGGGAUCCCAUGGUGACUAUUGCCCUAAGAACAGGGAGUGUGAUCUGAACUGGCCACUGUCGUCCUCGUGAAAGGGUUGUAUAGGGACAUAGCAAUCAGGCACCACCUCCCCGCAACACUGGCACCUUCUGUGCUGCUGUCAGGGAAGGGGAGAGGGAGGUGUCUGGGAAUCAGGUCUCUCCAUCACCCCAAAAAUCCCUGUGUGUCUGCCUCUUUCAGGGCUCGUGGGCCUGGU